CAAUUAUUUAUAAAGGCCGUCCCAUUUUGGGUAGAAAGUUGUUUUUAAUGCCCGAGGUCAUGUACUGUACAUUGCUAUGAGGACACACUUCCUUUUGCAAACAUGAAGGUCUUAAACAAAGACGAGCUGCAGAUCGCUGAAGGAAUCCUGCAGACGCACUUACCGAAGAGUUACAAGGUAUACGGAUUCCUCUACGGCAUUAACAGGAAUAAGGAGAGUACACUCCAGGUCGUGGUUGAUUCAUGGCCAGGGUUCAAAGUUAUUAUUUGCCGUCCUGAUCCCAAGAGCAAGGCUGCCCUGGCGUUCACGAAAAAAGUCACAUUCUACAGCACAGAUGAAGAGGUUUUGAGGAAGAUGUUGACUGAUGAAAACGCAAUUGACUGGAGCACUUAUUUCCUAGUUGGAGGAUUUGACAUUUCUCAUGCACAGAUGCUCAAAGAAGUGUCUGCAGAAAGACAAGUCAACAACAGAGGCUUUACAUUGGUGCAUCUCCUGUAUUUGCCAGAUAUCAGCUACCUGCUUUCACCACCUGCUGACAGCGAACUUGAAUCAAGGAUUUCAUCUCUCAACGUCUCCCACACAGACUUGGUCAAUAAAACUUGGAAGUUUGGAGGGGAUGAGAAAGGGUACUGGAAUAUUAAAAACCUAAUCAGCAACUUCCCGUCCUGCUGCAUCACCGACAUCCAGGGUCAGCUGGUGGCUUGGAUGCUGGUGUACAACUACUGCGCCCUGGGGAUGUUGUACACCCUGCCGGAGCACAGGGGGAAAGGUUACGCCAAAGUGUUGAUCAGCACCAUGGCCAAGAAACUCCUCUCUGAAGGGUACCCUGUUUACUGCUUCAUAGAGGAGGAGAACAAAGUGUCCUACAGCCUUUUUAAAACCUUGGGUUUCAUUGAAGAUGAAUCUUACAGGGCGGCAUGGUUUGAGUUCAACUUUUGAAGUUGUAAACACACUGUAUAGGAUCUUUAUGCAUUAAUCUGCGAUUUAAAGGCGAUAUAUGAGACACACGGUUCCAUUUGAUAGCCUACACAAUGAUGAAAUCACUGUAAAGGUGUAUUAGUUGUUGUUUGUUAAUUUUUAAGCUCAAAGCAACCAAAUCUGGACCAUAAUAAAGUGUUAACUGACCCUGUUAAUACAAUAACAAAUCCAUGUUUUCAUAAACCAAUGCAUUAGUAGCUUACACAUCUCCAAACCAUGGUUAUCCCCGGCUUUAAUUCAUGCAAAUAUCAUGUUGUUCACAUAUGUAUUUCCUCUUUAAUAAAUACAUAUUUCACAAUCCUGACACAGGAUGCAAAACUGUCUCUAGAUUUUCCACCAGGCUUAUCUCUAGACUUUGCUAUCCUGCACCAGUCUAUGUCUAAGCAGAGGUGUCAAGUAACGAAGUACAAAUACUUUGUUACCUUACUUAAGUAGAAAUUUUGGUUAUCUAUACUUCACUGGAGUAAUUAUUUUUCAGACGACUUUUUACUUUUACUCCUUACAUUUUCACGCAAUUAUCUGUACUUUUUACUCCUUACAUUUUAAAAACAGCCUCGUUACUCUAUUUCAUUUCGGCUUUUAAAAAAAACCAUCCAGUUAAAUUGCGCCAUCUGGAUAGAGUGAAUUUGGUUGUGGUUGUUUCAGAUGUUCUUGUCCGGUUUUGUUCUUACAUCCGUUGCCCUCAGAUUCCUGCAAGUAAACUUGGAUGUACGUUCCAAUAAAGGUUACGAUAAAUGAUAACAUGCCUCUGAAGUUUGACUUUU